CUGACAUCAUUCAUCCAGGGAGGGAGGGCUGGAGAGAGCCAGAGUCAGACCUUCAAAACAACCCAGAGUCCCGCAGCAUCUUCCCCUCGGAUCUGCCUUACUCGCCACCGUCUCCCUGUUCAGAUCUCUGGGCAACUCCUGAGGCCACAGUCAGCCCUCCAAAGGGCUAACAUCACCCCAGUGAAGGACUGUGUGGCAGGAGGAGGAGAAUGCAGCAGGGCCCACCGACCCAUCCUCCCAAAUAGACACAUUCUGCCUAUGAGGCUUUAUCUCACGCUAAACCUUCACGGAGCAACCAUGUUGAUUCUUCUGGCUUUCAUUAUUGUGUUUCACAUAACUUCAGCAGCGCUGUUGUUCAUCUCAACCAUUGACAAUGCCUGGUGGGUAGGAAAAGACUUUUCUACAGAUGUCUGGAAAGUCUGUAUCAAUAUCACCAACUGUACAGUCAUUGAUGAAAACAAUUCAGAAUAUCAGUCUGUGCAGGCUGUUCAGGCCACCAUGAUCCUGUCUACUAUUCUGUGUUGUGCUGCAUUUCUGGUUUUCAUUCUUCAACUCUUCCGCCUAAAGCAAGGAGAAAGAUUUGUGUUAACUUCUACUAUCCAGCUGCUGUCAUGUCUCUGUGUUAUGAUUGCAGCCUCCAUUUACACAAAUAGGCAUGAAGAUCUGCACAAGAGUUCCGGAUACGUGUUUGAUAUUAGUAGUGGCCAAUAUGGAUAUUCCUUCAUCUUAGCCUGGAUUGCAUUUGCUUUUACCCUGAUCAGUGGUAUCAUGUACCUAGUAUUAAGGAAACGUAAAUAAAUGUCAGCAGCUAGUUAUUUCUGUCAUUGCAGUACAAAAGCAGAAUUCCAAUAACCAUUUUGUAUAUAAUCAUUUGUGGUUUUGUAGUAAAGGUAUUGUUUUUCUAAAAAUGUACUGUGUUCUUAGUAUGAAAGAGUAUGGGGAAAAUGCAAGUUUCCUGGAACACUCUUCCAGCUGGGGUCAAGAUUCUGAACAAGCCGAGACCAAAUUAAAUUUCCUUUUUGUAUGUUUCACAACUUUAAAUGGCUACCACUAACCUAGGCAUUAAUAAGAGUUUGAUCCUGCCCUCUAAAUGGUUCAUACCAUGCAUCUGGAAAAGUUACAAUACAUGCUUAUUACAUUGUUAGCAUUGUGCUACUAGAAAUCAAGAUCUAUCUGUUUGGGGAUAAGUGUGGG